AAAGCUUCUUACCAAACUUUUUGUAUAUUAAAUAUCCCAAGACUUUGGUAGCAGCAUACCAUAACCAUAUCUCUUCUUCACAUCUUAGACAUAAUGUCUAUGUCUGAAUAUGUUGUUGAGCUUCCUAUUUUGGACAUUUCUCAGCCAUUACAGCCAUCUUCUCUAACCUCUCUCUCUAAAGCCUGCAAAGAUUGGGGAUUUUUCCACAUAAUCAAUCAUGGAAUCUCCAAAGAUCUUUGCAGCCAGAUCCACUACUUAUCCAAAUACCUUUUCAGCCUCCCUUCUGAGGCUAAACUUAAACUUGGUCCUUUCUCCUCUAUAAAGUCUUACACCCCUCACUUCAUUGCUUCUCCAUUCUUUGAGAGCCUCAGAAUUAAUGGACCAAACUUCUAUGCUUCUGCUAAGAGUUCUGAAGACAUCCUCUUUGACAAACAGACUUCCAAAUUCAGUGAGACACUGCAAGAAUAUUGUAGUAAGAUGGUUGAUUUGUCAGAGAGGAUUCUAAAGCUUGUAUUGAUGAGCUUAGAGGAUGGAUUUGAGAAGCUGUUCUAUGAUUCUGAAUUCAACAAGUGCCAUGGUUACUUGAGGAUAAACAACUAUUCUGCUCCAGAAAGUUUUGAGGACCAAGUUGAGGGGCUUGGAAUGCACACUGACAUGAGUUGUAUCACUAUCUUAUAUCAAGAUGAAAUAGGAGGGCUUCAAGUGAGAUCACAUGAAGGAAAGUGGAUAGACAUAAGCCCUUCUGAGGGUACCCUAGUGGUGAACAUAGGGGACAUGAUGCAAGCUUGGAGCAAUGAUAAAUUAAGGUCUUCUGAACAUAGAGUUGUUUUGAAGCAGUCUGUGAGCAGGUUCUCCUUGGCUUUCUUUUGGUGCUUUGAGGAUGAGAAGGUGGUGUUGGCACCUGAUGAAGUUGUUGGAGAUGGAAACAAGAGGCUGUACAAUCCAUUUGUGUGCUCAGAAUACUUGAAAUUCAGAGAGAACAAUCAAAGAGGAAGGUUUGAAAAAGUGGGGUACACAGUUAAGGAUUUUGCUGGGAUUAAGUCUAAUCUGUAAAUGGUUACAAAAGUGAAAAACUGAAAAUAAAAUCAUUACAUAAUAAUUUAUGGUUCCUGUGACCUAACAAUAUUUAUGGUGCUCUUGAAACUGGUAUAUAAAAUAAACAGACAGAAAGACUUUGCUGGUUUUCAAAUAAUGUGUUCUGUUCUUAA